AUGAAAAGGAAAUUGCUUUAAAAAAGGGAUGUAUUGAUAUUUAUAAAAUAGUCUCUCGAAUUGUACAGUAUCGUAAAGUAAACACUUUGCAAUUUGUAACCUAUUCUCCUAAGUGAGUCAGUAUACACGCAGUUUAUAUAUUUUGUUGUACAUUUAAAUCCUAAAAAAUUGUUUCUGCCAUGACCGAUCUACCACCCUUUACUUCGGAAGUUGCUAAAGCUGUUUUAUCUGAUAUUCUAACAGCAUUAAAAACACCAGAAAAUACUGAAAAACUUGCAGAAGCUAAGGAAAACUCCGGAAAUGAAAUGCUAAAUAUGAUGCUGUUUGUUUAUCCAAUUGUUGUACAAAUUCAAAUGGAUGUUAUUAAAAAUUAUGGUUUUCCAGAAGGCAGAGAAGGUACAGUUCAAUUUGCACAAUUACUCAGAGCUCUCGAAAGGAAAGAUCCUGAGAUAGCACAAUUACAUAAUCAAGUUCGAUCAUAUUUUCUUCCCCCAGUUACUAUAAGUUCUUCAACUGAAGCAUCUCUUUAAAAUAAAAUAAUUUCCAUGUGCAAAUA